AUGAAGACCUUUGACGUACCGACCAACGCCCUCGACUGCAUUGGCACUAUCCGCAAGGCAUAUGGUUACGUAAAUAAACACGAAAUUGCCGACUACCUCGCGCUCUGGCGGUACGUGGCGUGUCUUAUGGGUAUGCCUCACGAUUGGAUGUCGACGCCAGAGUCAGCCCGGCGCAUGAUGGAGUCGCUGUUGGUAACAGAGAUCAAAUCCAGCAAGGCGUCGGCAAACCUCGCAAACAAAUAUCAUCGCCGGGCUUCAGAACCAACCGCCGACGUAUGCCUCGAGGGAGUUCUUGCGUGCUCAGACGUGUUGGCUGAACGGACGGGAAUUGUCAAAGGAGCCUAG